CAUAUAAUUUACUGGUAUUGGCCUUAACCUGGCGUGCUCGCCAUACUGUAUGUGGAAAUCUGGCAGUUUGCGUUGUUGUUGACGUUGGUAGAAAGAAGAAACUAGAAUUUGAAGAACGAAACCUGUUUAUUUCUUCGAGUUGCAGCAUCUUUUGUACUUGUGCCCGCUGAGGGCUUAAGUCCUCCAAGUGCUUAUGAUCGGGCCGUUGAAUGGUGGAGUCCUCGAUGUCUACGUCUUCUGGCCCGUUCUGGGGUUCUUGCCGUUGAGUAACAGCUGUAUCUUUCCGCAACCCAAAGCUACCGUUCCAUGUGUUUAACAAUAGUCUAAAAUCUACUUCUGCCACUGUAACGUACAGUGGGAUCCAUAACGGUCGAAUGCGUCCCAAAAUCCGAAAUUUCCCGAAUACGAUACAAUGGAAGCUUUUAUUGUGUUUGCGGAUUCUGUCGUCAGGCGGGCCACUAGGCUCUUGGAUACUGCAGAUGGGGAUCAGGACGGCAUUGAAGGAGCACUGGCGCAGAUUGAAUAUUAAACUGGUUACACACGGGACAUAUGCGGAAACUUACCUAACGAAGUCACGAGAGAUGCUCAGCACUGAGCAGUUGUUCGACGUUUUGCGAAACUGUUCAGAGGGCUUGCAUCAGCUACUGCGGGAAGAAGAAAAGGGGUCGGAUUAUUUCUAUGAAAUGAAUGGCGGCACUAAUAAAUACGGAAAAAUUUAUAUUCCGGAUAACGAACUCUGUGAAAUGCGAUGCAAAGGCUUCACAGUUAGGGAAAUUGCUCGGUUUUUUGUAAUCACGACACGUACGAUCGAGCGCAGGCUUUUUAAAUACAAUUUAAAUCAUAAGGUAAAUUUUAAUGCUAGCAGCUAUUUUAACGGUAGCGUCCUGUGGGAUCCCAUUGGACGUCAAAGAGCAAAAAGUGUGAAGCAUCCCCCAAUACUGACAAAUCGGCGGUAUCCACAAAAAUUUAAUACCCAACGCUUCCGCUGCAUAACAUACAGACAGUGUCAAUCAACACACUGUCAGAAAUACGAAUGUCCUUUCCUAGAAGCCGUGUGAGGAACGACGAACUGCCCCAUAGGCGACCUGGAGAUUUUCUCCACCUUGUGCCGCAGCGCUAAUUUUUCUAUAACAUAUUCAAACAUAAUUAGCACCAUAAAAGUGUGAAAAAUUCGGCGAAAUAAACACAUACUAAUCUACUAAAUAAAUAAUACUAAAUUACAUCGCAGAAUAACUUCAUAAAGCAAUGGCAAGAAAUAAAAUGCACUUCGAGUCUUUAUGUAACUCUCUUGAAUUGUCUCAAACAUCUGCUUAUUACAUAAAUGCUACAA